AUGGGCUCGCCUCUAGCCGAACUCCACAGUUUGCAUUCCGCCAAGUCCAGCCUGCAUACGCGCUCUACGGAUUCAAAUACCAUGGACCACGUUGUCAUUCCCAACAUUGGCACAGAUGAGCCUCUGUUCGAAGUAAUACCCAAGUUGUCUAGUUUCAUCAGUCUGGCCGUGGGUGACAUGGCAUACUCAUUUGAGCAAAUGAGAUAUGGAUCCCGAGGGCAACGUCUGCGACAGCUGGUUCACACCCUGGCCGAGGAUAGCCACAACCCAUUUAUUAUUGUUGCGUUGAUGAUCUUGAAAUGGGACUUUACCAAUGCCCCCGAGGACGAUUGGGGACUCAAUGAAAGUCGAGGCUCGGCCUGUGAAUUCGUUGCCUGGCAGUUUCUGUGCCAUUUAGACCAGCGUGAAACCAUCGACUUUCUGCUAGAAGAACUACCGAUCCCGCGACGUGGGUCUACAAAUUCAGUAGAAGCGGGAAGAGGACUCUCCGGUUUAACGACACCGAGGCAAAUGGAAAUUACUCCACUCUUGUCUGGCUCUUCGACUGCUGUCUCCCGGCUUGUGCUUGAGAAUGCCCCCGGAACAGUGAAACCGGAGGAGAAAGCAUCAGUGAGGAAGCCCAUGGCCAAAAGAUUCCUGAGCCAGCGGGUUGUUCAGCGCGUGGUCAACGACAUCUGGAACGGGGAAAUUGUGUUCUGGGAUUCACUUACCGUGAACUCGAAGAAAAAUCCGCACAUGUUCAACAGAAGAACGGCGGAUCCAUAUUCUAGGUUGAGAGUGCCCGUGUACCGAAAAUUGUUCGAAGCAGCCUUCUUCCUUUCCUUCCUGCUUCUGUACUAUUCAGUCCUUGUGGAGAGAAAACAGAAUGGCCUCGGAUUCUUUGAGGCACUGAUGGAUGUGUGGAUUGCUGCUUUUGCAUAUGACGAACUGAGUGGAAUGGUCGACGCGGGCAUGUUGUUUUACCAGAUGGACUUCUGGAGCCUCUGGAACCUCGGCAUUAUCGGUGUCGGAAUCUCCUUCAUUAUUACGAGUGAGUUUACUGUUCUGAAGUCCGCCUUGCCAAUCCUCAACUGCGCAAGGACCAUUGGGUUAGCGAGGGGGGAUGACUAUAUCCUCGAUAUGUCAUUCGAUAUCCUGUCCCUUGAGGCUCUAUUUUUGGUCCCGAGCUCGCAGAUUCUGACGCAAGACCCACAGAAUAUGCUCCCUCGUGAGCCUGAACUCCUAUUUUGGCAGUCUCGGUUCUUGACUACGUUUACGAUGCUGGCCCGCGACCGCUUGUCGCUCAAAGAAAUGUCGUGGAUGCUAGUGAAAGUGUUUUUUGGAUCUAGCGCUCUUGGACUCGACUCCGCAGCUGAAAUCUCCCCGAUCUUCGGCUACGGCUUGAUGUUGAUUUUUGUUCCGAUGAGCAAUAUUUUAUUACUCUCAUCGCUGAUCAGUCUGAUGAGCAUGAGCAUGGAAGGGGUAAUGCUUCAUGCUCGUGAGGAAUAUCUUUUCCAAUUGUCUAUCUACGUUCUGGAGAGCAGCAACUCCCGACGCCUGACGUAUUUCAUGCCCCCCUGCUCACAUGUCACAAAGAAUCUAAUCCCGCUAUUUUGCAUUCGCCCCAUGCGACUGUUUCUUUCAGCGGGGACGGUUCGUCGCGUGCGCAUUGUCCUCCUGCGCGCAACUCACCUUCCCUUUGUCAUGCUCAUCUGGGUCUAUGAGUCCAGCUGGCGCCGUCUGAAUCGACGGACCACAGGUCUCCCUCCAUUGCAAAUGGCAGGACAUGUCCCUGCCGGUCAGCCGAGUGCCUCACGAUGUCAGGACCCACAGCACCCUUGCGUAGCCGAAACACGCCCAGGCCCUGGAAAUGAACGAACCGAUGUGGAGCAGGAUGAUGUGCGUGAACCAGACUCGGCGCGGGGCGGCCAGGCACAGCUCGCGGAUGUGAUCGACGCAAUUGAACAGCUUCGAGCGCAGGUGGAGCGCGUAUCCAGGACGGCCGCGCAGCACCGUGCCGAAUGA